AUCCUCACUCUCGACUGCCUUGUCUACGCUUUUAGCUCCCUGGAGUUCCUGAGUUCAACGAUGGCUAGAACGAACGAGAUUGCUGGGCGUCUUGCCCUGAUAACCGGAGCGUCGUCGGGCAUCGGUGCAGCCUGCGCGCGCAGCCUUGCUUCUCGAGGCGUCCAUCUCGCCCUGACUUACUCCAAGAACGCCGAUGGGAUGAACGCCGUGUUCGAUGACGUCGCAACGCGAGUUACGGGUCCACAGCAGCGCGUAUCGAUCCACCAGGUGGACGUCGCGGACGCUGGGCAGAUCGAUCGGCUUUUCGAGGAGCUUGUCAAGGAACACGGGCAAACGCCAGACAUCUUAGUCUCGAACGCGGGAUACGGAAAGCGGAUACCGCAGAUCUGGGACAUCUCGCUGGAAGAGUUCGAUUAUACGAUCAACGUGAACCUUAGAGCUUCGUUUCUGCUCGUCAAGGGCGUGGUGGAACGCAUGAAGGCUCAGCGGUGGGGGAGGAUUGUCUUUAUAUCUUCGAUCGCGGCGUAUGGCGGAGGGAUAAAUGGAGCUCACUACGCGGCAUCUAAAGGGGGCAUGACGGGAAUGAUGAAAAAUCUCGCGACACGUCUUGCUGAAUUUAAUAUCUCCGUGAACGACGUUGCACCCGCGAUGAUCGGUGAGACGGGGAUGAUACCCGGGGCCCAUGUGAUCCCCGAAGUUGCGGCCGGAAUACCUCUGGGGAGGCUGGGCACGGUAGAAGAGGUUGCAAACGCCGUGGAGAUGUGUGUUACGACGGGAUAUAUGACCGGCCAGAGUAUUAUGUUGUCUGGGGGGUUGAAGGGGUUUUGAGAAUGGCACGGAGUGAUUUCGGUUUGGAGAGAUUUCGGCAAUUGAAUGAUUUGCCUUUCAGUUAAUUUUGUUUUAAAAAAAAAAAAAAAAAACAACAAGACCACGUUUUAGCAUUUUAACUACGCAUCUGGGUGUGGUGUAGGGCAGGCAGCAGGUGGCAGGCGAUCUUAACUAUAGAGUGCAUUAGAAUAUAUGAUAUAUGAUAUG